GCGCACCAAGUCGCCUUCGCCUGCCGCUCCACUCGAAAAAGCCGAGACAUUCGGAGACCUGCCCAUAUAGCGGAGAUACUAGGAGUUACUGUUGCGAGAUAUUACCCAAUAGUCGGCGGCCAUGAAUCUGCGGUAUAUCUGCACUGUGACUCUCCUGCCGACGCUCUGCGUGCUGCUGGUGCUUCUGCUGGAAUUCGUGGAGGAGGGCCUGGCCCAGAAUGCGGACCCCCUCUUCGAGCUUCCCGUCCAGCUGGUUGGGUUUCCCGUGAUCGUGCUCUCCGUCCGCCUGUCCCAGUUCGCAAAGAAGUUGGCCUACUCCCUCAGUCCCAGUACAUAUAGAUCUCGCAGCAGAAGGGACAUCGCCCACCCGCUGGCUCUUGAUGCUGAACUGGCUCAGAAGCAGAUCCUGGGUGAGUUCGGACCCCAAGCCUGCAUCCUGGAGGAGCCGUGCCGUGUCCACGCCUCUCGGUAUUCCGGCAGCUCUGAUGGCCGAUUACCCGAUGGAAAAGCAAAGCCACAUGCUGCCUGGUCGGAGGUGUUGAGGAACUACAAAGUGCAAUCGGGCGUCGGUGGGAUGAAGCAGUGGUAUCUGCUCUCCCUCUUCAUCGGCGACGCUGUGCGGGAUGUGCCGCUCUGCAAGCACCUGGCCAAAAGGAUGCCCUGUCCAGGAGUCGGACCUCUGCCGGCGCCCCAGCCACGAUGAAGAUCUGGUCGGUCGGUUCCGCCUCCUCGGGGGGCAUUUCGUAACUAGGAGGAAGGAGGGAGGAGCAGCAACCGGAUGGAGUCCCCUUAGUCAGUCGCAUCGGACAUCUUUGUUAAUCAUCCAUCUCCCGGCACUCACAUCCAGCAUCCAUGUGCUGUCCUCGUGCACCCCAUCAUAUUGUUGUAUUGUUGAUUUUAAGGGUUUUAAUUUAAACGAACGCCCGCCAGCAGACGUAGGCGCUUAGAUUUAUGAGUAAGCAAAUAAAUAAACA